CAUUGGUCCAGGACCUCUGACUGUUCAUCCCCCAACAAAAAUGAGGAAAAUGAGGUCCCGCCGUUCUCACAAGAGAAGAAGAGAGUCAGUGUGUGUGGGAGAGGUGAUAUAUAUCUGAGAGACUGAGAGACUGAAGCCAUCAUGAAGAGCUCCGUUGCUGUCAAUAGAAUCAUGCCCUGCUGGAUCAUUGGGGUGGUACUGAUCGCCACCACAACUGUUGUGGACGUGCAAGGAUUCCAAACCAACCGAAUACAAGUAGGAUCUCCAAAAAUGCUCCGUCCAUCCACAUUGCACCAGCGCCAUUCACAACUACUCACCAAGUCGUCAUCCACCUCCACUCAACUUGGAAUGCAAGACAUGUCGUGGUUGCUUCUCUCGGAUGCUUCUACACCACCACAACUGAUCACAGCCAAUAAUAAUGCGGACGUUUGGGUCUUUGUCGCAGGCGUCAUUCCCUUUGCAUGGGCCACUAUUGAAUUUUGGAGGCGCAUUGCUGUUGGAGAAUCCUUUGGGACUGGGUCCGAUUCGGUCACUAUUAUUGGACAAGACAAUAAUCCAGAGUCGUCUCGGGGGCGACGGGUCCUGGGCAAGGAUGCCUUGAUUGUCGCAUACAUUCUCUUUGGAAUUGUGGCUGGGGUCCUCGGGUUGGUCUUGUACACUGUACUAUCGACUACUAGCAGUCCAACCGAAUUUGUGCCCUUGUCGGAUCCUGGUAAUUAAUUUUUUAAAAACACAUUCAUUCAUUGCUUGC